UGCGGGCAGGGAGGGCGGCGGGGAGGGCAGCGGCCCUCGCUGCCCACGAUCACCCGCGACCCCAGCGCCGGCUGCCUCGGGGCCCUAGCAGCUCGCACAACCAUGGUGGGCCGGCUGAGCCUGCAGGAUGUCCCCGAGCUCGUGGACACGAAGAAGAAGGGAGACGGCAUCCUGGACAGCCCCGACUCGGGGCUGCCCCCCAGCCCCAGCCCCAGCCACUGGGGGCUCACGGCGGCCGGGGGCGGCGGCGGCGGCUCUGGGGACCGCGCGCCCGUCCCCGGAGCGCUGGAACCCGACGUGGCGGCGACCCCCGCGGCCCAGAAGAACCCAGCAUCUCCCUCCCAUGUCCUGGUUGCUGGCUGUUCACCAAGGCUCUGUCCCCUGUCCUUUGGUGAAGGAGUAGAGUUUGACCCCUUACCACCAAAGGAAGUAAGGUACACAUCCUCGGUCAAAUACGACUCCGAGCGGCACUUCAUCGACCAUGUGCAGCUGCCCCUGGGCCUGGCUGUGGCCUCCUGCAGCCAGACGGUCACCUGCAUCCCGAACUGCACGUGGCGCAACUACAAGGCCGAGGUGCGCUUCGAGCCUCGCCACAAGCCCAUGCGCUUCCUCAGCACCACCAUCAUCUACCCCAAGUACCCCAAGACCGUCUACACCACCACCCUGGAUUACAACGGCCACAAGAAGCUCAGGAGGUUUUUGUCCAGUGUGGAGCUCGAGGCUGCCGAGUUCCUGGGCAGCGAUGGGCUCUCCGAUGACUGAUGACUUCAUCCUCCCCAGACCACGCGGGGCAAGUUGGGUGACAUUGCCCGUGUGUCAUCCCCACAGAAGUCGUACCUGGAGAUACCUCUAAGUCCAGCUAGUUGAGGAGGGGGGAGGGAGGGGGAGGGAGGGGAGAGAAGAAGAAAAUCACUGCAUCUUACCAUGAUGGAGAGACUUGGUGUGGGGUUUGCAUUUUCAAAUUGCUUUUGCCAGGAGGACAUUUCCUGGUUUGUUGCUGCGCUUUCUCCAUUGAGGAAAGUAAAUGAGGCCCAGAGUGAAAGGACAGUGAAGAAGUUGGGGGGAGGGAGAGUGGAGGUGAUGGGGGGCAGUGCUCUGGCAGCCAGGGUGUGAGUGUGAGGAAGAGCACACACAGCUCCUGUGGAGAAGCCACAGGGUGGAAAAGUCAACUGUAAGAAAUGUCAGCCCCGGGUCUCUCUGCUGCCUUCAAGAGUAGAGUGAACUCAGUACGUUGUUGACCCCCAUAUGUGUUCAAUCUGGGGAGAGCCAAAUUCCAUUUCAUUUUUAUUUCCACUUCCAUUUGAAUUUCCUGUUAACCAAAACUCUUGGAAUUUCUUGAGAUCGUUUUCACUGAAAAAAGAAGGGGGGGAGGAGGAGCCCAAACCACACUAUGAGACGCUUUUAAGAAGGAAAGCUAGCCCUGCUCUUGUCUGCUUUGGCUUGCUUUGGAUGGCCCCGUUUGGGAGCCCGUCUGUGCCUUGUGUCUGCUUCCUCGCAGGUUAGGCCAGCCCCAGGCUUGGCUCUGGCGCGGCCUGUGCUUGCUUGGCAUCUGGUUAGCGUCUCCGCAGGCUGGAGGAGCUCUCUUGAUAGGUAUUUUGGGGUUUCACAAUACUUUCCUAGGUUUUGGUUUUUUUCCUAAGGCAAAAUGUAGUGGAGGGCUCUUUUGGAGAGAAAUGGCAUUUUAAAAGGAUGCUUUGGAAAAAUACUUUCUGGAACUCCUGGAGGAAGAGUUCCACCCUGGACUUCCCGCCGAAGCCCCACGGCCCUCAGGGGUGGAGCGGCGGCGGCUGCCGAUGCCCCCGGGGGCCGGACAGCAGGAGUGUGCACACACUCGGUGCCCCUAGGGAUUGAUUCCUAAGGCUUGGGUGGUGACAGGUGCAGAGGAAUCAGGUCUCAUCCCGAAGGCAAAGAAUCCGGCUCAGUCCCCCUCCCCUCACCCCCCGCCCCAGAUGUGAAGCUACCAUGCAGUGGAAUGAUGUCACAAUCCAAAUGCCACCUUUCUGGACACUUCUACCACUGUAGACACAGCAGUGGACAUCACAGUCAGCCAUGAACCCAUGAUGUCCCCUAGCCAUGGUGUAAGCUGGACCACAUGGCUACAACAGCCCGGCCAGAGCCAGGCUGCUCCCUGCCCCCCUACUACCCAUCAUCACCCCGCCACACCAGGCCUGGCCCCAUCCCAGCCCCUGCUUCUUGGCAUCUGCCACCUGUGGUGCUGGAGGAAAGAAAGAGUCAGAUAGAUUUUUUUAACCUCCCCUCCCCCCCCCCCAGUAUUGCAAAGAACAAACCAUACAUAUUUCCUUUGAAGGCAUCCAAGAAGUGUCAGGUGCUCCUGUAGCCUCAGCCUUCUGCUGUACCUCUGGCUUUCUGGGAUGGCUUCCUCUGUCCUGAGCACAGAGCUGAAGCUCUCUGGGUUGCUGGAACCAUCACAGGAAACUUUGUUACCAGCAAGCUGUGCAGUGAGACGCGUUCUCACUGAAAGGUGACAGAGCCUGGGAAGCCGGAAGUGGCGCUGCGGUUCAAGUGGUAGAGCACUAGCCUGGAACACAGAGAGCUCAGGAACAGCACUCGGGCCCUGGGUUCAAGCCCCACGAUUGACCAGGAAAAAAAAAAAAAAAGAUGAUGACAGGGCCCUUAGGCCACACUGUCCUCAGUCCUCCACUGACUGCAGUGUCUGUCUGCCAUGUUAUGCCCCUGAUCAAAGGACCAUUAGACAGAGUCAUAGUUGGCUCUAUGGUUCCAGUUUGUCCAGGUUCAGCUCAGCAGGGACCCAAUGAAGUGGGGGUGGGGGCACCCCAGAACUCCACAGCCUCCUCAGUCACGGGCACAGCAACCAAUACUGCCUUGCAAAAAAGCAAAAUAUGCAGCUUUAUUGGCAAAAGUGGAUUUUUGUCUGACUUUGUCAUGUCACUUGGUGGUGAAUGUAAAUUUUAAAGGUAUGUUAGCAUUCCCAGGGACUCUCAGAUGAGCUGGGAAUGACUUUGUGGCCAGAAGAACAGAAGAGAGAAUGUGGCUUGUGAACGUAGCAGUGUUUUGUGGUAUCUUUGAGACUUUUUUUUUUUUUGAGGGAUUGUGUUAAGUUCAGACGGCUCCUUCUGGAUGUGCAAAGAGCCGGAACUAUAUGUCAAGUAAGUAAGUGAGCGAUGGUGGAUGUGUACUGUGAGUGGAAAAGCAGGCUUUAUUUUGUUAAGUUAUUCACUGCACUUCUUUCUCAUCCUCUCCUUUUUUUCCCAAAACUUUUCUCAAAACAGUUCCAGAACCCAGAAGCUAGGAAGACACGGGGCAUUCUGGUGGCCACUCCGGUAUGGAGAGUCACCAGUGGGUAACCGAUGCCAGUCUUUCGUUUGCAAGGUGGAAGCUGUGAUUUUUUUUUUUUCAAACUCACUGAUUCAAAAGUAAGCAUUUCCUAAGUGUGCAGAAGAGAAGUACUUGGUUAAUUAAAAAGCUUUUUGGUCAGUUUCUUAAAUUAUGGCUUUGAUGUUGUAAGGAUGGUUUGCAUUUUCAUAGGAAACUUGCUUUUUCCUGUCAAAUCACAUGCACUUUUACAUAGACUUCCUGUGAACCAUUUGAUACUUUUCCUGGUUUGAACCUUAGAAAAUCCAAAAUAGUAUCUGACAAAAACUCUGUUAAAAAAAUGUGGUCCUUAACAUCUGUCCCACUUCGUUUUGUUUUGUGAUUUGUCCAUUUAGUAAUAAAUAAUCUAAAAAAAUAA